AUGGGGGCCAGGGGUCGGGGGCGUGCCGGGAGGCAGGGGCCGGGCGGGGCGGAUGCCUGCCAGGCAUUAUUCAUUGGCCAGAGCUGGGCUGCAGGCGCGGGUGCUGAUGUCAGGCAGGCGCAAGUGCGGCGGGCGCAGCGGCGCGCCGCGUGCCUGAUCCCGCGGAGCGCGCAGGUGAGGCGGCUGGCGCGCUGCCCCGCCACUUGCAGUUGUACCAAGGAGUCCAUCAUCUGCGUGGGCUCUUCCUGGGUGCCCAGGAUCGUGCCGGGCGACAUCAGCUCGCUAUUGCUGAAUUCUAACUCAUUCACUGUCAUCCGGGACGAUGCUUUUGCUGGGCUUUUCCAUCUCGAAUACCUGUUCAUUGAAGGGAACAAAAUCGAAACCAUUUCAAGAAAUGCCUUUCGUGGCCUCCGGGACCUGACUCACCUUUCUUUGGCCAAUAACCACAUCAAAGCCCUCCCAAGGGAUGUCUUCAGUGAUUUAGACUCUCUGAUUGAACUAGAUUUAAGGGGCAAUAAAUUUGAGUGUGACUGCAAAGCCAAGUGGUUGUAUCUAUGGUUGAAGAUGACAAACUCUACUGUUUCUGAUGUCCUGUGUAUUGGUCCGCCGGAGUAUCAGGAAAAGAGACUCAAUGAUGUGACCAGCUUUGACUAUGAAUGUACAACAACAGAUUUUGUGGUCCAUCAGACUUUGCCCUACCAAUCGGUUUCAGUGGACACAUUCAACUCUAAGAACGAUGUAUACGUGACCAUUGCUCAGCCUAGCAUGGAGAACUGCAUGGUGCUGGAAUGGGACCACAUUGAAAUGAAUUUCCGGAGCUAUGAUAAUAUUACAGGUCAGUCCAUCGUGGGCUGUAAGGCCAUCCUCAUCGAUGAGCAGGUCUUCGUGGUGGUGGCCCAGCUCUUCGGUGGCUCUCACAUUUACAGAUACGAUGAGAGUUGGACCAAGUUUGUCAAAUUCCAAGACAUAGAAGUCUCUCGCAUUUCCAAGCCCAAUGACAUCGAGCUAUUUCAGAUCGAUGAUGAGAAGUUUUUCGUCAUCGCAGACAGCUCCAAAGCUGGCUUGUCAACUGUUUACAAAUGGAAUAGCAAAGGGUUCUACUCCUAUCAGUCUCUGCACGAGUGGUUCAGGGAUACGGACGCAGAGUUUGUGGACAUCGAUGGGAAAUCUCACCUGAUCCUGUCCAGCCGCUCCCAGGUUCCCAUUAUCCUGCAGUGGAACAAGAGCGCUAAGAAGUUUGUUCCCCACGGCGACAUCCCCAACAUGGAGGAUGUUCUGGCUGUGAAGAGCUUCAGGAUGCAGAACAGCCUCUACCUGUCCCUCACACGCUUCAUCGGGGACUCCAGGGUCAUGAGGUGGAACAGUAAGCAGUUUGUGGAGGUCCAGGCGCUGCCAUCCCGGGGGGCUAUGACCUUGCAGCCCUUUUCCUUUAAGGAUAAUCACUACCUGGCCCUGGGGAGUGACUACACGUUCUCCCAGAUCUAUCAGUGGGAUAAAGAGAAGCAGCUCUUUGUAAAGUUUAAGGAGAUCUACGUGCAGGCUCCCCGCUCAUUCACAGCUGUCUCCACUGACAGGAGAGAUUUCUUUUUCGCCUCCAGUUUCAAAGGGAAAACAAAGAUUUUUGAACAUAUCAUUGUUGAUUUAAGCUUGUGA